UCACCAUCGUUCCUUGUUUUAGGUGGUGGCGUCAGAUGAAUCUAUCCCCGUACGAUCUCUCCGCCUCCGAUUUCCUCCAUAAAUAUUGUCACAUUGAGGAUCCGAUUUGAUGCACAAACUAAGAUCGACGAUCGACCUCCGUCACCAUCGAUUUUUCUGCAAAUGAUCGAUGAUGUCGGCUCUGUUGUGCGAUGUCACCUUCGCCUGCGUCAGAUGGUGUCGUCGUCGUCGCCGCCUCGACCUCCAUCAGAUGACUUCAGAGAUAUCAACGGUUAUCGAAUUGAAGAAGAAGCUUCGAAAAAUGUCUCCAUCGUCUUCUCGCAAUGCUCUCAUCAUUAUCGCUUAUUAUGUUUCUGUUAUCGUCAACUGGGUUUAGUAGUCAACUGAUGAGAUAUACAACAAUUGGCGAUCGUUAUGCACCUCCUCCCUCUUAGUUUGAGAGCUUGCUUUAGACUUCAAUACCUCAGGAGCAUAAAAUAAAAGAAGGGCUCUACAUGAUGAGAUGAUGGGACUGAAGGAUGAGAUACUCCAUCUUUCUUGGUUUAUUACAUAUGCUUUGUCGUUUGCAAUUUCAUCUGGAAUCAUUAAUGUCUGUACAAUGGUCACAUUGUUUAAGUACAUUGAUAAAUCAUUGGCUUACAAGAUGAUUGAAUCUUUUCUUACUAGAGGACUUGUGUUUUCGGGAAACUAUGAGUUCUCAACCGAUCUCACCCCUAUAUAUAUAUAUAUAUAUAUAUAUAUAUAUAUAUAUAUAUAUAUAUUAAAAGAGAAGCUCCGUUAUGAACAGUUCUAUGUUCUGAUUGGUGGGUUUUUUGGGGUAAAAUUAUUAAAAUGUGUAAAUUUUAGAAAACGAUUAUAGGCAAGAAUCUUUACAAUCUUUUUGCUUUCCCUUGAUCGUGGGUCGGUGACCUUACUAUUCAUCGGCGAUACAUGUCGUGUCCGUCAACUUUAAUCUGUUCUUCUUCUUCUACGUGUUUCUCUAUGUGAUUCUACCUUUCUUUUGUCCAAUAGAAUACUUCUAGAUAUCUCCCACCGGCUACAUCUUGAUCCUCCGCCACUUUAACUCACCGUCUCAGAUAAGCAACCUCAUUUCUUCACUUCACCCUCGAUCUGCACUUACAGUCUCCUCUCCUUUUGCGGACGAAGAUCCAACCUUUGAUUUCGGCUUUGAGGUAUGCUACACUUGGUGCAAUUCGUUGGUGUGACAGCGAACCAACAUCCAGACUUUGAUUUCGGAUUUGAAGUAUGCUAUAGUUCGUAUUUUAGAAGUGUGAAACGUGUCUCUAUCUCCUGUUCAUUUUUAUCUCUUCUCCUCAUUGUUCUUCCCAUCUUACUGCCGGUGUAGGGUUCCAUCUCUAUAUGGCGGUUGAUUUUGACUCCUUUGAAUGAUCAUCAUCAUGAAGGAUCCAGUUCUCAGAUUUUUUUGUUUCAGUUGCGGAAUUUUUCAGUGUAUGAUAUCUUAAAUCAGCCAACGAAAUUUGCUUGGUUAUGUUCAGUUUCUCCAAUUUACAUUGUUUUCAUGUUGUUUCUCUGAUCAAGGUGUAAUAUUUUUGAUGAAUUGGGGAUUUGUUCUGAUUGUCUAAUUUUUACAGGAAAUUGAAAGUUGUUUUGAUGUAAACCAAGUGCUCGCUAAUUUGCUUCAAUCUCACCGUCUUAUGGUAUAAGCGUGCUUAGAACAACCCUAACGGAUUCUGAUAGAAAAUCAAGAAGGAUUUCAUGUCGUUGCUCCUUCACCGCCUCAGCCACCAUGACCACCUAGGACAAUUGCCUCGAAGCCAUAUUCGCUUAAAAACGAAAGAAAUGAUAAGGGCCGAGAGACAAAUAUAUAUCAUGUUAGUCCAAGAGGAAUAGCAGAAAAUGCAUACAUUAAAACGGUUGACAACAGGGGAAAUUGAUCGAAUUUUUUGAGAAAAGUGUGAUGGAAGUGGAAUCGUGAUAUUUUUUGUUUGCUGUAGGUACAAUUGUUUCAUGCCUGAAAGGUUUAUUAUGGUUUAGUAAUGGAUUCUAUCUUCUACAUGUUUAAUUUUCAUUUGUGUAGCCAUUUAUGGUCAUUUUUGGUGGGGGUUUGAGGAAACGAUGUUCUGGGCGUGUUCGGCAAAAUUAGCUGGUAGCGGGUAGCUUGUAGCGGGUGAGGGUAGCUUGUAGCGUUUUGUUAAGCGCUACAUGAAGUAGUGCCAAACAAGGCUUUCUGUUCAAAACGGAGCGUUUUGUCAAACGCUAGAAGCUAGAAGCUCUCAAACGCUCCCAAAAACUCCGUGUUGAACACGCCCUCUAUGUUGAACUUUCUAAUCAAAUUUGGGCAAUGCUAAGUAUCUGUUGUCAAAAUUUAUUCACUUUUUCUUAUAGAAACCUCACGUAAAUGAUCAAAACUAAUCAUUAAUUAGGAUUUUAUCGAUUAAUUUUAUGUAAUUUCUUGAUCAAUUUUUCGACUUUUCAUCAAAGCACCCUCAAUUGUUAAUGCACCAUGGGUUGGUUUCACUUCUUAAAACUCUAC